CUGCCUCUGUGAGAUUGAUUUUUCAAAAGGUUCCAUCGUAUCUCCUGUUGUGCCAUCGCCGCGUAUGAUAUAAAUAGUAGUAGAAUAUUACUUAAAUCAACUUUUAGGCAUUUUGUAUAAAAUUGUCUGUACAUACGACAUAUCUUUUUAAGCUGACUCAAUCAUUCGUUGUUUCUGGCGAAACAUAUAUAUAUAAAUAUAUUGUGGAAGUCUCAUGUUAGCGAUAUAAUUUUGCAAUAAUUGUGGCCUCUUGUUCGACAAUGCAAGUUACCCACUCGAUCCACUGAUCAUAGUGUGAUGUUGUAGUUCUAGAACUCGGAUUCAAAAGCUUAGACUUGUUUCAUGACUUUUUCCAAUUCAAUUUUCCCAAACAUUGGUUCAAAAUAUGAACGCACAUUUUGUGUGUAAUAUUUACCAAUUCACUUCAGAGCCAGACUUUUACCGAGAUCGACCCUGGUACUGAAAAGCCACGGCUGUCCUUGGAUGCUAGUCUGUUCAAUCCAUGGGAGAAAAAGGGCGAUUAGAUGGUUCUCUUACCGACAGAGCAAAUAAGAGUUGAAAGUCAAGAAGAGAAAACAUGAAGACGACAUUUUUAAGAAGAAUCACUUCAUUCAUUCUUCUAAUUACAGGUUGCCUAGGAUAUCCAUCCAAAUUAGAAAAUGAAUUUUCUGCGUCUAAUAUGAAUGAUGACUCCGUGUUGCGGGCAAGACUCGGCGAAUUGAAUGCAGAAUUUAUGGAUAAAGCUGCGGACGCAGAUAACGACAUGUCCGAUGAGAAUACAGACUUGGAUUCUCAGAUGGCAGAAAUCGACACAGAAGAACAUGAAGACGUCGACAGAAUGAUCGAACAAAAAGUCAUUGAAGCUAUACUGAAAAGGUCGCUAAGAGGAUUGUACCGUAAAGAAACAGAAGCAGAAAGUCGCAACAAGCGUAGCCAAGACCCUGGAAGAUUAAAUCGUGACAUUCCCGACUACGAAGAAGACAUGUAUUCCCUCCGGGCUGUUCCAUUUCUUUUCAAAAAGCGAUCGUACGAUGAUUGGGAUAGAGAUUUCGACGAUUCUUUGGGUUUCCUUUUCAAACGUUCGCAACAAAACCGUGCACAGAAGUUGGCAUCAGAAUUUGACGACGAAAAGCGCGCAGAAUUUUCACCUUUAUUCAAGAGACGAGGGGUUCCAUUUCUUUUUCGGAAGGAAAUUGAAAAACCGUUUCUGGUCAGUCGUCUGCUCCAUACUAUAAAGGGCGACGAAAGAAACAUCGACGAUGACUCAGACGAGGUUUCGGCGCGGGAUCUAGAUUACUUGUUCAAACAAUCCGCCUCUGCAUCUCGACAACCAAAUGAAAAGUCAUUCAAUGCAGUCGAAGACAUGAACAAGCGCUACGAGAUGUCCGCUCUGUUUUGAGAUUUCAAAUGUAUUUUGUUAUCUAUCCGCUAUGUAUUGUAAUAUAAAGUCACAUCUAGUUCAGGCUCAGUCCUGCAUUCCAACAUACGACUGUUUAUUUGUAAGAAUGGAUGCUCAACUUCUUUCUUCAUUGAUUUUGUAUUUUUUCUCAAGAAUACUUUUAGUUGUCAAUACGUAUAGCACAACAUGGAUUGCUCAUAAAUUUUAAAUUAUAUAUCGAUUUCUUGCAAUAAAAAUACUCAGAAGUAAGAAAAUAGAA